UAGUCAGUAACCCCAUAAUAUUUCUUUUUUUAAAUUAAUUUUUAUUGGAGUAUUGUUGAUUUACAAUGUUGUUAGUUUCUGCUGUGCAGCAAAGUGAUUCAGCUAUACAUAUAUAUAUAUCCACUCCUUUUUAGAUUCUGUUCCCAUAUAGGUCAUUACAGAGCAUUGAGUGGAGUUCCCUGUGCCAUACAGUAGGUUCUUAUGACCUCAUCAUGUUUCUAUUGAGAGCCCACCCAGUGCCCGGCUGGCCCUGCUCUAGGGCUGGUAUAAAAUGGUGAAGGCGGCGGACGGGUCCCUGCCUCAGAACUCACAGCUGGGCAGGCGUGGCAUGUGACCUUUCCACUUGCGAGUCUAAAAGGCAGCUCAAAAUAAGGUCCAACGCAGAACCUGAUUUCACAUUCUACCUGCUGCUUCUCAGGUCUUCCCCAUUCAGAACCUAUCCCACCACCCAGCCCACUUCAAACCCUGUGAGUCAUCCUGACUCCUCGCUCCAUCUCUCACAUCUAAUCCCAUAAGGCUGUGGGCUCUGCCUCCAUUACAUCUCAGCCCUGCCCACCGUCAUCUCUCCCAGUACCAGGCUCUCCUGGGCUUUCAUCCUUGCCCCCGUGGUCCACCCUCUGAGCUGCAGCCAGAGCGAUCUUUUUAAGAAGAAUCCUGUCACUCCUCCGCUUACCCCCUCCAGUGUCUUCGUGUUGCACUUUUCAAAAGAAUCCAAAAUCCUGCCAUAGUUUUAAGGCCCUAAGUGGUCCUCACCUCUUACCACACUCCCCUUGCUCACUUUGCUCCAGCUACCCUGGCCUCCUUGCUUGUUCCCACCUGUUCCCUCCAUCUGGAACACUCUUCCCCAGAUCUGCUCUUGGCUGGCUCCCCUUUGCUCUGAAAUGUCUUCACUGACCCCUCUAUUCAAUGUUGCCUCCCACCCUCAGCUACUCUCUGUUCUCAUUACCUUGUUUUAUUUUGUUCAUAGCAUUUACUGUUCUUCGAAGUUAUCUAUUAAUUUAUCAGUUUGCUUGUUUCCUGUCUGUCUUCCCUCAUCAGAAUGUGAGCACCUUAGGAACAGAGACUGUCUGUACCUCUGUACCCCCAGUACCUAGAAUUCUUCCUGCACAUAGCGUGUGCUCAAUAAAUAUUUGCUGAAUGAAUGGGAUUAUAUAGGAUUCCCUGUAGGAGUAGGUCCCCCUGACAUGACAUCAGGGAAGGCUUUCCAGAGGGCCUGUAGAGGUUGGCCCAGUUCAAGCAGAGGAAUUAAAAAAAAAAAAAGGGAUGUGGGAAGGUCUUCAAGCAUGAAGUGUUCUGGAAACUGUACAUAGUCCAAUUUGGCUGGAGCAGGAGAUAGGGGAGGGGAGGUCAGAGGAGUUGGAGAAGCAGCAGGCAGGCCACGAAGGGCCUCCUUGUCCCUUGAGGGGUUUGAGCUCUAUGCUGAGGGCAAUGGCAGCCCCCAAAGGGUGUAACACCAUGCAGUUGAGAAAGCACCACUGCGUGAAGAACAGUUUCCAGGGAGAAAGCCUCGGGCGCGGGGGUGAGUACUGGCAGGUGCUGUAGCCCAGGUGAGUGGUGCUGAUGCCCUGAGCCGCGCAAGUGGCCACGUGCAGGAGACAUUGAGGUGGUCUAGCCAGGAUGAGGAGUGGGCUGAGAGAGAGGCACUUGUCAUCAGCUUGAGGGAGGCCACCGGAGUGGGAGCAGGUUUGGGGGAAAGACUGGGGUUCUGUUUUAGACAGAUGGAAUUUGGUCCAGGUGAGAAGCAGAGACACAUGUCAGUUUUGCAGAAAGAGGGAGUGGUCCAUGAGGUCAGCUGCUGGAGGGAGCCCUCUUGGAUGAGCGGCCAGGAGGAUGCCGGUCUUGAUGGGAGCAGUUUGGCUGGAGCAGCCUUGGUGUGUGUCAAUCAGCGAAUGAAGGGCCGGAGCAGUGCCAGUGCUGGCGACGGAGGCGAGGACGAUGACGCGCGGGGGACGUCAGGCUUGGACCGCGGCGGGAUGACGUCUGCAGGUGUGCCACAGACCACAACGUGGACAACACCACAGAGAUGCUGCAGGAGUGGCUGGCUGCUGUGGGCGAUGACUAUGCUGCUGUGGUCUGGAGGCCUGAGGGGGAGCCCAGGUCCUACCCAGACGAAGCGGGCCCUAAGCACUGGACCAAAGAAAGGCACCAGUUUCUGAUGGAGCUGAAACAGGAAGCCCUGACCUUUGCCAGGGACUGGGGGGCUGACUAUAUCCUGUUUGCAGAUACGGACAAUAUUCUGACCAACAACCAGACACUGCGGCUUCUGAUUGAGCAGGGGCUGCCCGUGGUGGCCCCGAUGCUGGACUCUCAGACCUACUACUCCAAUUUCUGGUGUGGGAUCACCCCUCAGGGCUACUACCGCCGCACAGCCGACUACUUCCCUACCAAGAACCGCCAGCGCCGGGGCUGCUUCCGUGUCCCCAUGGUCCACUCCACCUUCCUGGUAUCCCUGCGGGCGGAGGGGACAGAACAGCUGUGCUUCUACCCCCCUCACCCCAACUAUACCUGGCCCUUCGACGACAUCAUCGUCUUCGCCUACGCCUGUCAGGCUGCUGGGGUCUCGGCCCACGUGUGCAACGAGCACCGUUAUGGGUACAUGAACGUGCCUGUGAAAUCCCACCAGGGGCUGGAGGAUGAGAGAGUCAACUUCAUCCACCUGAUAUUGGAAGCGCUGGUGGAUGGGCCCCCCAUGUGGGCCUCAGCUCAUGUGUCCCGGCCCCCAAAGAGGCCCAGCAAGAUGGGGUUUGAUGAGGUGUUUGUCAUCAGCCUGGCCCGCCGGCCCAACCGCCGAGAGCGCAUGCUGAGUUCGCUCUGGGAGAUGGAGAUCUCUGGGUGUUUGGUGGAUGCCGUGGAUGGCCGGACACUCAACAGCAGUGUCAUGAGGAGCCUCGGCGUGGACCUGCUUCCCGGCUACCAGGACCCCUACUCGGGCCGCACACUGACCAAGGGCGAGGUGGGCUGCUUCCUCAGCCACUACUCCAUCUGGGAGGAGGUGGUUGCCCGGGGCCUGGCCCAGGUCGUGGUGUUUGAGGACGACGUGCGUUUUGAAAGCAAUUUCAAGAUGCGGCUGGAGCGGCUGAUGAAGGAGGUGGAGGCGGAGAAACUUCCUUGGGACCUGAUCUACCUCGGCCGGAAGCAGGUGAACCCUGAGGAGGAGGCAGCCGUGGAGGGGCUGCCGCACCUGGUGGUAGCUGGCUACUCGUACUGGACACUGGCGUACGUCCUGAGCCUGGCUGGCGCCCGCAAGCUGCUGGCCUCCCAGCCCCUGCGCCGAAUGCUGCCCGUGGAUGAGUUCCUGCCCAUCAUGUUUGACCAGCACCCCAAUGAGCAGUACAAGGCACACUUCUGGCCGCGGGACCUGCGGGCCUUCUCAGCCCGGCCCCUGCUCGCUGCUCCCACCCACUACGCGGGGGACGCUGAGUGGCUCAGCGACACAGAGACGUCCUCGCCUUGGGACGAUGACAGCGGCCGCCUCAUCAGCUGGAGUGGCUCUUAUAAGACCCUGCGGGACCCCCGCCUGGACCUGGCCGGCAGCAGUGGGCACAGCCUCCAUCCCCACCCCCAGGAUGAGCUCUAGGUCAGGCUGGUGACUCCAGAGAAGUACCAGGGAAUAGGCCAUAGCUGUCCAGGGAGCAGAGCAAGAGCCGCCACCAGGAACCGUAGACCCAGUAGAGACCUGGCUGCCACCUUGGGCAUGGCCACUCUGCCCUCUGGACUCGUCUUCCAUUGGGAGAAACCACUCAGAGACGGGUCCCCUUCCCCAAAGGUCACGUAGCACAAGGGCAGGGCUCGCAGGCCCUCUUACUUUGCCAGCCUGAUUCCGGGCCUGGGGUGGAGGGAAGAAGGGAGGGCCCCCAGCCUUCAGUUUCAAGCUGGGCGGACACAGGAGCCCUGCCCCCAGCUGAGGACCCAGCUGCUGGGGCCCCUCUGCCACCUUCUACCUCCACCUCAGUUCCCUAUCCAGCUUGACACAUGGGUCUCACCUGCCACCCUCUUCCCUGGCCAGUGGGAAGUGCAGAGGGUGGGAGGAGGACCCAGCACACAGUAGGCCCUCAAUAAAAGCUGGCUGGUAUUGCACUUUAUACUUCUUAA